CUUCACUGAGGGCCUGGGUGUCAACAAACCAGACGACGCCAGCCGAGACGCGAGACGAGUGAGAGGCUGGCAUCAUGGCUUGGCGUUUUAAAGUGAGUAAGUACAAGAAUGCGGCUCCAAUUCUGCCGAAGAAGGAAGAUUGGGUUAAUGACAUCAAGGUUGGGGCACCACAGUCAUGCGGAAAUCAUGUCAAAGCAUCGGCAGCAUUUAUUGCUUUCAAUGUUGAAAACAGAGGUGGAGGAAGCCUUGGGGUUGUUCCACUAGAUUACAAAGGCAGAAUUGACUCAACAACUCCCCUAGUCCACGGACACUCUGAUCUCAUCACAGACUUUGAUUUCUCGCCCUUCGAUGAUGGGAUGUUGGCAACGUGUUCAACGGAUGCAAAUGUUAAAAUUUGGCACAUCCCAGAAGGUGGACUCACAGAGAGUCUGGCCAAUGCAGAAUACGCCUUACCGCAGUUUGACAAGCGUGUGGAAAAUGUCCUGUUUCACCCAACCACUGAGUUCAUCCUCACAGUGGCUUACUUUGACACUGUGAAGCUCUGGGAUAUCAAGCACGAGAAAGAGUUGUUCUGCUUCAGUGGCCAUGAGGAUCAGGUACAGAGCACAAGCUGGAAUGGUAUUGGGUCUAUGUUUGUCACUUCCUCCAAGGACCGCACCGUUAGGAUCAUAGACCCUAGGGCUGACAAGGUGGCAUACGAGGCUGAGAGUCACAAGAGCCCCAAAGACUCCCGCGUUGUCUGGCUUGGAAACUCUGACCGCAUCCUCUCUACGGGCUAUGAUGGAUCACGUGUCAGAGAAGUCAGAUUAAGGGACUUGAGAAAUUUCUCAAAGCCCUAUAAGGUCCAAGCAUUUGAUUCUUCAACUGGAAUAUUUAUGCCUUUGUAUGAUGCAGAUACAAACAUGCUCUUCCUAGCUGGGAAGGCAGAUGUGAGCAUUAUGUAUUGGGAGGUUGCAGACAAGGAACCCUUCCUCACAGAAGGUCUCAAGCAUAAUGGCUCAGUGCAGACCAAAGGAGCAUGUCUAGUGCCAAAGCGAGGACUAGAUGUCAUGACAGGAGAAGUGAAUCGUCUGCUCCAGCUCACCUCAAAUGCCAUUAUUCCUAUAACCUAUCAGGUGCCAAGAAAGACGUAUCGAGAGUUCCACGCCGACAUCUUUCCUGAAACCCCAGGUUAUGUACCGUCUACCUCCAUCACACAGUGGCUUGAGGGUGCCAGUGUUCAAAGAAAGACCAUUUCCUUGGACCCAGGCAAGAGACCCUCACCAAAGUACCAGAUCCACCGCGGACCACUUAGCAAGCGCGAGGACCCCAAACCAGAGCCAGAUACCCCUGUGCCUGCCCCCCGCUCACGAAUCUCUAAUGGCACUGAGAAUAAGCCUGUGAGUGAAAUACGUCCUACACUGUCCAAACCAACAGUGGCAGUCAAACGAGCUCUUAUAUCUCGGAACCGAAUCACAUCCCCUGGAGAGUGUGAAAUGGCAGGCUUUGGUUUUACAAGAAAUGUAGAGGGUCCAGAUAAUUGGUUGAGUGUUCUUAUACAUGAACGAGGACUCACGAAUAAGAAGGCCUCAGUUCCCUCUCGUUUUGGGGUGAUGGAUUAUGUCUUCUGUCUUCGAAAUGAUGAUCUCAACUAUGCUUUGCUCCUGGUCUCUCUAGUCAUAUUAACCAUGGAGAUUCAAAGGAGAGUGAACUAUAUGCUCGAAAGAGUCUAUAAUCUACUCACAUACAGUGAGUUCAUCAGGAUGAACGUGUCUACUAUCUUCCAUAACAUAAACUACAUUAAGGCUAAUGGAUCCAUACCAGAGAGGGGUAUAAGUUGUGAUAUCUGUGUGCGAUGUGACGCAUAUAUACGAUCACCACUGUCAAGGUGUAUGGACAAGGACUGCAAGACUCAGCCUCUUAUGAUAGUGAGCUCCAUUACGCCUCUCAUAACAUUCUCUAACUCCCCGACAGUGUCUGUACUCUAUCUAAUUAUCGAUACAGCUGGUAACCUUUUCAACUCCAGAUUGGAUGGUUGGGAUUAUGGUCUCUCUAAUAUUGAAUUUAUCUUUAAUAUUACAACGUUUCCGUAUGUUCAUGAAUUGGUUUUAUAUAACCAGUGUGUUAUUAAGAUUGUAUCAUGUGUGACUUAUAAUCCAGACGACAUCGAUUUCUGGCACUUACGAUCGCACUGUUCCUCCUGUGUAUCACUGCCACAUCUUAUGCUAGACUAUAUUCGCUACGAAGAAUCCCAAGCACUCAUAACAAGUCCACUACCGAAACCUCUCGAUCCGAUUCGAUGGUGUAAUGGGCCAGUGGGAACUCAGAAGCCGGGAGCAAGAGUACCUAUUCUGGGGUGUUAUGCCCUCUUAGAGGCUGUCUUCAAUCGAAUUGUCCGUGUACCACUUAAUACAGCAUCGCCUUCAAGAACACGAUCCAUGUUAGAUAAACUGCUGAUUGCGCCGCAUCUGUUUUUUGACUCUCAGCCAGCAAAAACCGCCUUAUCUUUUCCUCAUCCCAUAUCUCCUCGCUUACACACUACUCCAUAUUACCUCAACAGGGAUUUUGGUGAUAGCACCAUCUUUGCCUACGAGAUUGGGAGCGAUUACCCACACCUGUUUCCAUUGUCCAACCACAAGUGUGGAAGUGUCCAUCAGGGAUUGGUCUUGUUGCCAAAGCAGAUGUGCGAUGUUCGGCAAGUUGAAUUCUGCAAGGCAUUGAGAUUAACCUCUUCCAUUCUCGAGCCCCUCUCCUUCACUGUCCCCAGAGUAAAGACGGAGCUGUUCCAGGAUGACCUCUUCCCACCAACUUUUGUCAGCUGGGAGCCAGUGAUGACAGCUGCAGAGUGGCUUGGAGGACACCGCCCGCCACGGACACAAUCCCUGCAGCCAGAAGAUAUGAUUAGCUUGUCUGAGAGUCGUGAGCAGCAGUCCCCCGUGGCACCUCCAACUUACGGUGGACCCCAGACUCACAUCCGGCAUGAGACCCCACCUUUCCUCAAGGGCAUGGUACCUAAUGAAGUUCGACAGACGCAACACAAGAACCUUAAUGUGCCUGAGGAAGUCCAGGAGACACAGACACGGCUGGAAGAGUCGAUGAGCCAACAGAUGAAUCAGGUGACGAAGACGCUGGAGCAGGACAGGAUGGAAGGCGUUGAUUCCACUGAAUGGGAGGACUAG